AUGGCGCUCAUUUCAACCAGGACGAUUAUCACGUCCCUGUGCUUCUUCCACAUCACACUGGGCUUUUACUUCCUCACAAACCCCAGCACCAUCGCCGACCAGGGUCUGGUAUUCAUCCUCGGAGGCUCCAUGGGCAUGCCCUCCGACCGAAGCUUCGAAUCCCGCUCCGCGCCCUUGGCCUUCGUCGCCGCCCUCCUCAUCUUUAUGGGCAUCUCCGAUCUGAUGACCCUGAGCAUGCCUGAGGAGAUCAGCCUUCUUUACUACUGGGGCACCCAAGCUCCCCUCCGUCUCAGCAUCGCCCUCGGCUUCGUCUUCUACACGCUCAUUGCCGGCCCUUCCUCGCCGCUCUACCGAGAGGGCUCCAUGCGCGAUGCGGUCCGAUCGCAUAACCCACACUACACGCCCUCCGCCUGGGGAGGCGACGGGUGGAAGAACUCGGUCUUCUUCACGUUCAUGUUUGUCGAAAUGGUCAGCUGGUUCUGGGCAUGGGUGACGCUGCGGGAAGAACGCACCGAAGUUGUCAAGAAGAGCUUGAAGCAGAGCAACAGCUCUCUGCGCAACAUGGAUUGAGAUUCGAGACACCACGUACAUGAGGAAUCGACGUUCGAUAUGAUAUUUGCAUUUCAGGGAGUUGUUCGGGAGCCACGGUUGGUCCACGCGGGAAAGGGAAAAAUUAGGAGGUUGCAUUGCGAUGAUUUCGGCUUUUGGUGGGUGCCAUUAUGUUCAAAAAAGCCAGCUUUCGGAAAGAUCGUCUCGCAAUGCCGAGUCUAUGAGUUGCU